AUGAACGAAAGACAAAAGGCUGAAUUAGAAGGAAAUAAAGGAAAAAGUUUAUUUUGUAAGAUUUCACUUAAUGGAUCAUAUGGUUACGAUGCAAUGAAUACACAAAAUUACGCAAAGACUAAAAUAACGAAUGCACAGAAGGCACGCGUUGCAUGUAUGUCAAAUAAGUUUAAAAACAUAAGAGAAAUAGGUGAGGAUACAUAUCAAGUGAUGCUCAAAGAUAGAUUUUAUAGAUGUGAAACAUGUUUACAAGAGGCAUUCUUUACUUUAGAUAAUGCAAAAUACUGGUAUUUAGUUUUCAUUUAUGAUUUUAUGUAUAAAUGCAUGGAUGUUAAUCGUUUUCAUUUCAUUGAAGGUGAUACUGAUUCAUCUUAUUGGGCAAUCGCUGGCGACCCAAAUCUUCCUAACACUCAAGCAUUUCAAGCAAUUGUUACCGAUAAACAAUUUUAUGAUAAAAACAUUUUCAAAUUCGCACCUUUUGAUUUCUUCUGUUUUGAUGAGAAAUUUAAACCUAAAUUAAAGAAUAAAGCUGAAGAAAAAGCACAUGAGAAAAAAUUAUUGGGUUUAGCAAUUGAGAAACAAGGUGAUAACAUGGUUGCUUUAUGUCCUAAGUGUUAUACAUCAUUCAACGGUUCAAUUGAUGGAAGUGAUUUUAAAAAGAUUGCACAAAAAAUGAAAGGUGUUAGUUUACGACAAAAUAAACAAUUAACACCUAAAAAAUAUUUGGAUAUAAUAAAUGAUAAAGUGAUAUUUGAUGGUCAGAAUAUUAAUUUACAACUUAAAAAUGGGUCAAUGACUCGCUUAACAAUUGGUAAGACUGCAUUAACAGGAGCACACACUAAGGCUGUAUGUUGUGAAAAUGGAUGUUGUAUGCCAUUUAUUUAA